CUUGUCAGUUUUUUUCAAGACCGAGAGCAAGUUAAUGCUGAUAAUUAGAUAAAGAGUGGAUAACAUUAUUUUGUUUCGAGUUAUUGAUUCUGAAAGGUAUCCGCACCUAGGAGAAGGUGUUUUGGGUCAUUUUAUCGUGUUUUGUCGAGGGAAAACUCCAGUGAGUAGUAAUCAUUAGCGCUUAGCAUAGCAUGCUAACGGCUGCCGACCUCGGCUAAUUACUCACUUAUUUCAUUGAUAUAUCAAUCUUAUGUGCUGUUACACUUCUGAGAAAAUGUUUAAAACCAACCGGAGGUAUAUAUGAGUGUGUUGGAUUUGAGAAUGUGGUUAAUUUUGUAUUUCUGUGUGGAUAAUUAUCUCUGCUAAUCGAACUAGUGCUAUGUGUUAGCAAUUAACCUAGUUCAACCUUGCUAUACACCGUGUACUGAUGACCUAUUGCUAUAUGCUAGUUAAUUUUACAAAGCUAAACGAGUUGGUUUUGUGAGCUAAAACACAUGCAGUUGUGUGCAUUUGGGUUAUUUAGAGACAGUAAUUCAAUGAAUCAUUCUUGAACAUGAUUAAUUUAUGAUUUGUGUGCACUAUGCGGUGGUUAAGUUAAGAACAUUUAAAAAUGUUUCAUAUACACACCAUUUUGUGUGUGGGUAAACAUUUAUUUUAUAGCCAUAUAUAAUACAUUGUCAAUGUGAAUGGUUUACGUUCAUUGAUUUAAGUUAGAAAGAUAUACUGUACAGUUGAUAUAGAUUAAUGUUAAAAAAAAAGAGAUAAAUAAUAGACCUUAAGGAAAACACCUGCUGUAUGCAGGUUUUUUUUUUUUCUGUAUAUGAAUGGAUUCUGAUGGCGAGCUAGAACGUGGAGGAGAGCACCGGCUUACAUGCUUGGAGAGUGUGACCUCCGAAACAGCUUCUUCGAGCAUCUGGAGAAAGCACAUCUAUCACAUCAUACAGAUAAGAAACAAAAUCACACUACCCGGUUAGAUGAACAAUUACAUUAAAGGAUUAAUACACACACUGAUUUCGGACAAACUGUGGACACUGACUUAUCUGGACGGUUGACUUAAUUUUUGGACUCUAUUGGACUUUGUUUAUUACUUUUGGCCUUUUUUUUAAAUUUCAUUUGCACUUUGAACAGCAUUCCCUGUUUACAUUUGUUUUGCUGUUGUUUACAACUGAGAUUGUUAUUGAUAAAUUCUGUUGUUGUAUGAAAAAAAUGUAAAUUCAGUCAUAGCUGAACUAUUUUUGUUAAAUUGAAGAGUGGCUUCCUGCCAAUAAAUAUUUGUGUUACUUCUUUCCUAACUGUUGUCCAUGUCAAUUAUAUCCUCCAUGAGCGAAACUAUAUCUUCUGAUCUAGCCUAAACCGAAAGUACAUGACAUUCACCACAGCUCAUGUGCAAUAGACAUCUGUUACAUUCAUGAAUGUCACUUUUGUAAUUUCAUUUUAUGGGCAUUUUAGGAGGAUAACCAUUUUGCAGGUGCAGGCAGAAGCAAUCUACUGAACUGAAUCCUAAAGGUUUGAUACACUAUGACCUCACUGAUUAAUAUAAUUAAUCAAUGGUUUAAAAAUAAUGUAUUCCCCUUUGAGAUGCAAACAAACAGUUUUCUUGUUAAUUCUGUCAUGCUCUGCCACAUCAUAUUCAACUGCCAGGUGUGUCAGUGUUUCUGUGUCUUUGUUAUUUUUUGUGAUAGUCUGCUGACCUCUGCAGGUAAUUUUCUAUUCUACAUCAUCAUAUGAACAGACAGCAGAAAUGACAAUAAAGGUCUAUUCUAUUCUACAUAUAGGACAAAGAAGAGUCAUACACAUUAAUACAAUCCAGUUUUGCGGCAUUUAAUUUGCAUCCACAUAUCUUGAAUAAUCAAAAAUAUGUGCUGAUGAAAGAGAUGUUCAGAUAUAGUUAUUCUUGAUUCAUUAAGAUUAUUGUCUGUAAAUAAAAUUGUAUUUAAUUUGAAAUGGUAUGGUUUGUUUUAUAUAGUAUUUAUCAGCAUUUGUGAUAUUUCAAUUUGCCAGCAGGUGGCGAUAAAGCACUGCGGAGCAUUUCUUGAGCAUCACUACUGUAUCUUUUACUUUAGUACUCUAAUGAUAUGAUUGGCACAUAAAAAAAAAAAAACAUUUAAUCAAAUCUACAUUUCAAAGACACUACAUAGGUUAAAGACGAGAAAAAUCAUGAGGAGUUCAAAUCAAAAAUAUUUGGUGUUGGGCUAAAUAUUCAAAUCUAUAGAUGACAGCGUAGAGGAAGCAAAGGAAACUGUUUCCACCCAUUCACAAAAGCUGAUAAAGCCAGUUAGACCCUGUCAGUUACUGUUAUUAAGAAGAGAGUCCUCUUUGAGAUGCACAUUUUUCUCUUUUUCUUUUCAUUGAUUAAUUCAUUUGAUCUUUUUUAAAUUCAUCCGCCGUUGUGUGUGCGCCACGUGUGGAGAUCAUGAGAGGUGAUAUCACAUUUGAUUUUGUUUUUCAAUGAGUAUGAUUUCUUACACCUGCUGUGAUGAUGUUCAACCCUUUAUGUAUUUGUGGAAUAGAGUUUAGCAUCUUCUCCAUCUGGAUUCCUAUCAUCCUGUUGCUGACGGAGAUCUCGUCAUGUGCUGGUGACGCAAAUGUUGUAAAUCCUUGUUGUUACUACCCAUGCCAGAACUCAGGGGUGUGUGUGAGAUUUGGUACAGGCGGCUACCAAUGUGACUGCACUCGCACUGGCUUCUAUGGAGAAAACUGCACUGUCCCUUCACUCUGGACCAGGGUUUAUCUCAUGCUCAAGCCCAGUCCCGCGGCAGUUCAUUACCUACUCACCCACUUUCAGUGGCUCUGGUACAUGGUCAACAACUCUUUCCUGCAAGAUACCAUCAUGCGAAUAGUACUGACAAUUAGAAGUGACCUCAUUCCAAGUCCUCCCACCUACAAUACCAAAUAUGGAUACCUCAACUGGGAGUCUUACAACAACAUCUCCUAUUACACCCGGCUUCUCCCUCCUGUACCUGAAGACUGCCCUUUGCCCAUGGGAACUAAAGGUAAACCUGUUCUUCCCGAUCCGAAAGUGUUGAUGGAACGUUUCUUCAAAAGAACCAAAUUCAGGCCCGACCCCCAGGGAACCAAUCUGAUGUUUGCCUUUAUGGCCCAGCACUUUACCCACCAGUUUUUCAAGACUGACCAUGGAGUUCAUGUUGGCUUCACCAAGGGUUUAGGACAUGGGGUAGAUGCAAGUCAAAUUUAUGGAGAAAACCUCAUGCGGCAGCUUCAACUACGGCUUCAUGAAGAUGGAAAACUGAAAUAUCAGUUAGUGAAUGGUGAGAUGUAUCCCCCGUCAGUAACUGAGGUCCCCGUGCACAUGGUGUACCCCGAGGGUUUGCCUGCACAGCAACGUCUGGUCAUUGGUCACGAGAUAUUUGGCCUCCUGCCGGGUCUCACUGUGUAUGCAACCAUAUGGCUGAGGGAGCACAACAGGGUGUGUGACAUCCUUAAGGCAGAGCAUCCCACCUGGGACGAUGAACAGCUUUUCCAGACCAGCAGACUCAUCAUCAUUGGGGAGAUCAUCAACAUCAUCAUCGAAGAGUAUGUGCAGCAGCUGAGCGGCUACCACCUGAAGCUUAAGUUUGAUCCCUCCCUGCUCUUCAACGUGCGUUUUCAGUACAGCAACCGAAUUGCCCUGGAGUUCUGCCACCUCUACCACUGGCAUCCGCUGAUGCCCGACAGCUUCCUCAUCGACGGGGAUGAAAUCCCGUACUCCCAGUUUCUUUACAACACCUCGCUUCUCAUGCAUUAUGGUGUGGAGAAACUGGUGGAUGGUUUCUCUCGUCAACCUGCAGGACAGAUUGGUGGAGGUCACAACACGCAUGAAGCUGUGCUCAAAGUGACAGGAAUGGUGAUCAAAGAGUCCAGAGCAGCACGUGUUCAGCCCUUCAAUGAAUACAGGAAGAAGUUUAACCUAAAGCCUUACACCUCCUUUGACGAGUUCACUGAUGACAAAGACAUGGCCAGAGGUUUAGAGGAACUCUACGGGGACAUUGAUGCUUUAGAGUUCUACACAGGAGUCCUGUUGGAGAAAACUCGUCCCGAUGGUAUAUUUGGUGAGAGUAUGGUGGAGAUGGGUGCCCCCUUUUCCCUGAAAGGCCUGAUGGGAAACCCACUCUGCUCCCCUCAGUACUGGAAACCGAGCACAUUUGGAGGAGAAACAGGCUUCGACAUAGUGAAAACUGCCACUUUGAAGAAGCUGGUGUGUCUCAACACCAAGUGGUGUCCAUACGUGGGCUUCCAUGUUCCGCGAAAUGAGGACGAGGCAAAACCAAGGAAACCGUCAACUGAACUUUAAUGAAUAUUCAGUAGAUGAUUUAUGGCUUAAUCAGUCACAACAUUUUUUUUUAAUUGAUGACAUAAUACAUAAUCCAAUUUAGACAAAAGAACCGGUGAUCUUAAGACUACGGCAUCUGUAGUAUUAAUUGGCUUCAAAGUUUACUUGCAGUAAAGUACUUGUAAGAACUGGUGAAAUCAAUGGGUCUCAUUCACUAAUAUGUGCUCAGAAAUGUUCUUGCUCUCCAAUGUUGUCCCUACUGCCUUGUUUGUGAAUCCGAAUCCUGUGAAAUUGACAGACUUUAAAAUCUGCAAGCUGCCAUUCCUAUUUAACUCACUAGAGAGCAUUACACUGAACAUAGAAGAAGACAUAAGCAGCAGUUUUAAGAGAUGGCUCUGAAAAGGUGAAAAACAGACCAAUUGCACAACAGCAGAUGUCUUGUGAAAUCAAAAAAAAGACUUUGUCAGAGGUGGACGUUAAAAAAAGGCACAGUGGUGCAAGUUAAAAUAAGAAUAGUUUGACAUUGCAGACCAGAAAUAAGAAAAAAAAAAGGAUAACAUGAGGGAGACAGGGGAACAGCACAUCUCACAGCUCAGGGUGAGGCUGGAGCAGUUAUUAAACAGUCGUUAUGAGGUAGAAUUUGUUCAAGCAAUGAGGGGGAAAAGUGAUGAUAUUCACAAAGAACCAUCAGGUCAUUUAUUUCAUAAUUAUUGCCAAGAUGGUAUCUGUAAAUCCUUGUGUAUUUUGUAAUUAAUGAGCAUAAUGCAACCAGAACAAAAGGUUUAAAUUGAAGCCGCAUUUGCAAACAAUUGUAAUAAUGAAUAACAAUAUAAAUUGUAGGCCAGAAUGAUGGACGAGUAAUUUUAAUACUUUAAUAUGUAAACUAAGCAAACUAUCUCAAUAAUAUAGUUGAAGAUUGUGUUAAAUGCAUUAAUUAACUAAGUUAGUGUCCUUUUUGGGAAACAUUUGUGCGUACACAUGGUCUAAGGAAGUUCUGAAUUAGUUUGAAGAGAUAGAGCACAUGUGUACACGUGGUUUAAGCUGAGGUUUUUGUGUACAUACAGUUUGUGAAAGAGGCACAACGUUUUUUGACCAUAGAGCAGGAAACUGUCUGGAGCAGUUAAAAUAAAAUGUCAGUUGCAUAUGAGCAUGAUUAUUUUGUUUUUUUGUUUAUUAUCUUCUUAAAUUCCACCUUAAAAUAACUUAAGGUCAUUGAUAGUGUGGUAUGUCGCAACGUUUGAAUAAUGCAGACAAAUGAAACACUAGUAUUGAUCCACUAAGUUUUCUCCUUGAGCUUGAGUUUUCAUUUAUUUGGAGAUUCAUUCGUUGUUCCACUGUGACUACUAUAUCCUAUUUCUUGACAUUAAAACACUGAUUUCCAUGUUGUCUUUCACAGAAAGUGAUCUUUAUCAUGUUACUAUGGUAACAACAAAUAUUACAUUAUUUGCCUAGCAGCAGCAUGUUAACAUUGUAGCAGUUUUGCAUGACAUUAAAAGUAGACCUACAUUUUGUCUAUGUGCAGCCUCAUAGGACCUUGAUCAUGGCUGUGAACUGUCAUGUUACAUCAUUUUCAGCUGUUGUUUGAGUUUAUGCACAAGAAUCUGAAGGUGAGCCAAAGGUGACCACACUCACUGUGGUUAACUUGAUGUGUCAUAACCUCUGGAUUAUCCAGGUCUUUUUUCCUUUGCUUCCUGUUUUAUUUUGAAGUUUUUCCUUGCGUGUACCUUGUUUAGUUUGACUUCCUGUGCUGUCUUCCUUGUUGAUUGUGUGACCCGCCUCAAUGUGUUGCACCUGUGCCUCGUUUGUCUCACCUGUGUUUGAUUGCCCCUGACUCCCUCAU